CAUCCUGUUAUGUGUUGGUGAGUGCAUGGCCUCGACGUUGAUCCCGUUCCAAGAUUUUUAUUCCCCAACGUCGCAGUCUUUACAUAUGUAAUAUUUAAGACAAUAUUAUUCGUAAUGGUGUUCUGUAAAAGGCCAUGGAUUUGAUGAAAACGAAAUUGUGUGCACGUGGGAGGAAUAUGAGUUCCUAGACUUGUCAGAUGUGAAAGAAGCGGAACUGAGCAGUUUGCAGUGCGCGCUCUUCAAGAAACAGCCAGACACCGUGUCCACCGCGAUUGUCGGUUGGACCGAUCCUUCUGUAGAUAUCUCAUCUUGUUCAUCGAGCACGGCGGGCCCACCGACCGUGUCCAGCAGCCUGGACAGCCUGUCCGGCGGCGAGUGCGAGAUGGCGCCCCACUCGCCGCAGCGCGCCGGCCCCCCGCACGCGCCGCACCCGCCGCCCUACGCGCAGCCCCCCGCCUACCCGCCGCCGCCGCCGCACCAGUGGCCCGUCGGCCCGCCCAACGUCUAUGUGAGCCAGGUCACAGCCAAUGUCAACGUGCACGGCUACAUGGGCCAGUACUACCAGCCACCUCAGCCGCAGUACGUGCCGCCGCCGCCUCCACAAGUGGAACGACCACACAGAAACCACAGGAAGGAUCGUCGCAGCAAACGUGUACCAUCCCCACCUCCACCCCAACCUCCCCCUUACUAUGUUCCUUAUUCACAGUAUUACCCGGCCGCUCAGGCACAAGGAGCUCCGUUGUACCAUCUCCCAAUGUACCAGCCUCUAGUCUAUGGACCAUACACGUACCCACCUUACUAUCAAGAAUAUCCCAUACCGGUUGAGGGUGAGGGUGAUAAAGGCCCAGAUGAGUAUCAACAAGAAGUUGUAAUGGAACAGGAAGCGGUGGACGCUUAUUACGCGGGCGCGCACUAUAUAACUUCUCCGUACGCGCCCCCCGUUGAAGGGGGUGCGGAGUACAUGCCCCCUAUGUACAUGCCCCCACCGCACCACCCAGCACCGAUGCCCAUGCACCAACAACCUCAGCAUCAACCGACCCCACACCAGUUCAACGUACACGCAAAGAACUUUGUCCUCGGCCAACAUCACAGUAAAAACUUCACACCUGACAAGAGUCAAGAACAAAAACCUGUAACGGCUAGCACAUCUGCACCAACAACAAGUACAGUUGAAACACUUCCAAUCAAAGAUCUUAAAAUUAGCAAAGGACCAAGCAGUCCCAAACAUGAGCAGCGACCAGCCGAAGCACCCAAACCGGUGCAAGUUGAAAAAACAUCACCAACACUCAAAACAGAUCCCACAAAACCCACAUGGACUCCUGAGAAACCUCAGGAAGUCAGUCAAGUUCAAACUGUGACGAAAAAUUUCACUCCACCGACUGCCACACCUGUACAAGCAGCGGUUAAAGUACCUCCGGUACCUGCUAAAGCACUGAAAGGACCUACUGCCCCAUUCUCGACAGGCAAACAGCCACCCAAAGCUCCUGUGCCGACAGCUGUGCCGGUACAACAAUCUGUGUCCACACCAAAAGCACCAUUCGGGAACAGGCAAAAGCGUGAAGGAAACGUCAACCGAUCACCAUCAAAUGACACUGAGAUAGAGAAAGUAGCGCCAAUUGAGCAUGUAAAACGGGAACCUCCAUUGCCACCGAGCAAAGCCCCUAUGCCAAUUUCCAUAACACUCCACGCUCAAGGCCCACCAGUCAUAGUUACGAAUAAAUCUCCAUUCAGCCAUUCACGGAAAUCUGUGCCAGUGGUCGAGCCUCCACCGGUGCCUCAGUUACCUCCACCUGCGCCCACAGCAUCAGAUUUUCCACCACCUCCGACUCCGAGGAACAGGGGAGAGCCAGUACCCACUCCGGUUGUGCAACCUCAGCCGGCUCCAGGGAAAUCAUGGGCGAGUCUUUUCUCCAACAAGCCAUCGAGUGUCACUACUCCAAUAACAACACCAGCCCCUGCACCAGUCGAAGAACCGCCGAGUCCUACAACUCUGACUCCACCGGUGGCUACAAAUGUGCCGAAACCUGUAGCCAAAGUACUCCCUUUUGAUGCUUCUCCGCUACAAACCACCGUGGACAAAGGUUCCCCUACUCCUAGGCCAGUUGCAGCUGCACCGACUAUAUCUUAUUCGGAGAAGACUUCAGUGAAUGCUGUGAGCAAUGUCACCUCCACACCCCCUGUUAAGCCUUUUGCACCGGCUGCUAUGGAAGUUCGUGAUGUGCCAGUACAGAAGGAAAGCUCGCCUGCCCUUCCGAUUCAGCCUUCGCCGUUCAGUGAUGACCCUAAUUCCUAUAGAAUGGGAGAGUUCCUUUCAAAGUAUCAGCUGGACAAUCGUCCUGUGACGCUGCUACCGCGCGGUCUGACGAACCGCUCCAACUACUGCUACGUGAACGCCAUCCUCCAGGCGCUCAUCGCCUGCCCUCCGUUCUACAACAUGCUGAAAGCCUUGCCCUAUCAGACACGCAGAGGGAAGUCCAGCACUCCUGUCAUUGAUUCCAUGGUGGAGCUUUGCUAUGAGUUCAGUCCACUAGCCAGUUCUGCGCGUCGCGCCCGGGGCGAAGUCGGCGCGGCCGGCGCUGGAGCCCCCGCGGUCCCCGCCGGGCCUCCGCUAGACGGCUCCGCGGGUCUAAGGGUGCUCCGGGCCCUUCGACCGUUCCCGGGCUCGCAGGAGGGCCGCCAGGAGGACGCUGAGGAGUUUCUCGGAUGCUUGCUCAACUCGCUCAAUGAUGAAAUGCUGGAGUUAAUAAAGCUGGUUGAACCUGAAGAACCAAAAGACAACAACAUAACUGCCAAACCAAAUGGUGUUGUUGUACAAGAACAACCAAUUGAAGAGGAUGAUGAUGAUGAUGAAUGGAAGGUAAUGGGUCCACGGAACCGCGGCGCGGUGGAGCGUCGCUGGGCCGCGCGCCGCACGCCCGUCGCAGACAUCUUCCGCGGCCGCACGCGGCUGCGGCUGCACCGCGCGCCGCACCAUGACGUCACCGACGCUGUGCAGCCUUUCUUCACCCUGCAACUCGAUAUUGAGCGCUCAACAACAGUAAAGGACGCUCUAGAACUCCUAGCCGGGAAGGACACACUGGAAGGUGUGUCGGACGCCUGGCAACAACUGUCGCUAGAGCAACUGCCUGUUGUGUUGUUGUUGCACCUCAAAUGCUUCCAACUGGAUGCAGAAGGUCACACCGCUAAGAUCGUCAAGAGCAUGGAUAUACCAAUCGACCUCAAGAUUGAUCCCAAGAUAAUGUCAACAAAGCACACCACAAAACAACGUUUGUACAAGCUGUUUGCUGUGGUAUACCACGAGGGCGUCGAAGCUGUGAAGGGUCAUUACCUGACAGAUACUUUCCAUGGACAAGCGGGAUGGAUCAGAUAUGAUGAUUCAACAGUGACACAAGUCACAGAUGCUCAGGUAUUGAAAUCCAAGCCACCGCGUAUGCCAUACUUGCUGAUGUACCGCAGGCAUGACACGUUACUGCCACACAGAGCGACUGGCAAACCUGAAUGAGACUGUUUUAAACAGCAAUGCUGCCAACGAAGUUUUGUAAACGAGGACGAUAGUGCUGUGACAGUUAGUGUUAAAAGUGAAAGUGACUUUCAAAAGUGAGUUAUUUAUAAGUUAUCUGUGCCUGUCAGUAGUUACUGCACAACGAAUAUGUAAGUAUAUUGUAACGUAAAUAAAUUAAACGUUUAAAUAACUUUAGUGCAGGCUGUAUGUAAUAUAAAAUGCAGAAUAUAUAAAAUAGGCCAUAAGUUUAGAUAAGUUCUGGCCCUGUGACACAUUGCUUGAAUAAGAGAAUGCAAUAGCCACACCUAUCUCAAGUUAUGAAGGUUUUAAGUUUGAUAGCCCAUACACAUACAAUAGGUAAGUAUGGUAGUUAAUUUUGGAAUUUGUUCUUGUGCCAUUUGCUAGAGAUCCUUAAAGUUUAAGUUUUUGUGUUUUUCAAAGGGUUGCCAAGAAGCUAAAUGACUGGUGACUGGGUGCAUGAUUUUUACAAAUAUACUAGCUUUUGCCUACGGCUCCGUCUGCGCUAAAUUCGGGGUAACAAAGAAUCUGUGUUCCGAUUUUUAGCUUCCUACCUUGAAAAUUGCAAAAAGUCCCAUAUAAAAUUUCACCCCCUCUUUUAAGAGGUUGGGGGCAUGUUUUCAAAAAAUAAAAAAGAUGCAGUUUUUUAGUCACAAUUAAUCUGCAUACCAAUUUUUAGCUUUCAACCUUGAAAAUUGCGGAACGCUCCAUACAAACUUCCAUUUUAGGGAAGUUGGGGGUUAGAAAGAGACAAAAAGUAGCCUAUAUCACUCCAUGCUUUCAAAUCUCUCCUCUUAAAAAUAUCACGUAUUGUGUGCCCCCGCUCUCUCACUACCACAUUUUCUCAUGAAAGGAGCAUAUGCUGACAAACUAACUUUCAUAAAAUUAGGUAUAUCUGGCUAUUGCAGGUUUUUAGUCCAUUUUAAUUUAACAGCACAAAAACUGAUUUUUUACCGAAUUAUCAUUUGUUUUUAUAAACUUAUAAUAUAUAUUUUUUUUGACAAUAUUCUAAAUCUACGUCUGUAUAUAAAUAGGAAUACUUGUAAAUAUGUUUUACUUAUUUCUUUUGUAUAGAGUACAAAUUGGGGAAUAUUAAUUUAUACACAUUUUUUUUAGUUUCGCUGGGUAACAUUUUUAAUGGAAUUUAUUUCAAAAAGUCAUGAAAUUUCAAGUUAUUUAUACAAUGAUACGCUUGUAAAUAUUAUUCGAUAAAAAAAACAAGGUUUUCUUUUUAUUUUAUACUACAAUUUGGUUGUUGUGUUGAAAAAUCAUAAUUUUAAAUGUAUAUACAACUGUAAAUUAUCCUAUAAAAAUAUAUUCCAUGUUAUAUUUUUAUCUGGCUCAUUUUUUUUAUAGCUGUAAGUUUUUUGACAAUAUGGAAUUGUAUUAUAAAUAUUAUGAAAAAUUAUAAAAAAAAUUAGUGUUCUAUAUUAAUAUGCAUGAUUCUGGAAUGGUCAGUAACAUUCAUGCAGGAUAAUGAAAAUUAAAAAUUAUAUAAAUUGUGGGAAGUACAAAGAUUUGUAUAUUGUUGUGAUAUGGAUAAGAGGCGCUCGUUUUUUUUAAUAACAAAAAAAGUAUAUUUGACAAUUUAAUUAACUUGAAACAAAAAAAAAUCAAUAAUGUGGCUAUUUUGAAUAUUGUUAUUAGCAAGAUUUGUUGUAUACAUCCUAAAAGAAAUGUAUACAGAAUUUUGUAACAAUUAGUGCAUCAAGAUUCAAAACUUGGAUAUUGGAAUGAAAACAAAAUGAGCGUCUGUUUAUACUAGAUUGCAUUUUAAUAUUGGAAUGUAUGGGAUAGUUAGAAAAAGUGGAACAAUUUGGUAAACAAAACAUUUCGUCCUAGACUUUAGGUUAAGGUUUGUAAGCAUUCCUGUCCACAUAGCAUUGCUUCAUUCUACAACAUGAAUUAAUCUCAGGAACUGCGGAUUCGAAUUAAACUGGUUUUUUUCGUGUUGGAAUUGAAUUGAUUAAGGAAUACCUGUAAUAAAGUUGAUAAACAUACUGACCAAUAGUAACAAAAAAUUUUGUUUUGAAAGCAUUGGUUGUGUGCACUAUGGAAUCGUCCCCCCAAGUAUCCUAGGGGGUGUGAUGCAGACAAAAUAGAAGGCUAAUGUCUGGCCGCUCAGAAACGCGUUUCUGUCAGGUUGUGAUAGGACAAACAUAUUCAAUUACAAUUGCCUCGUUUUUUGCAAUUGAAACAAUGCCCUUCAACAAGCAGGUCGAAGUUAUCACGACCUGUCAAAAACGCAAUCUCUGAGAGGCCGGACUGUGUGAGAUAGGACAAGACAUGCUAUGUGGAUAGUAGUGCUUACACACAGUGUCGGUGCUUGGCCGGACUGAUGGUGUGCUGGAGCGAGUGCCCUUGGUUAAUGUGAUAUGCUAUGAGAAUGGACAACUAACGUGGAUUGUUUAGUUAUAAUAAUUGUUAUAUUGUAAGUGUUAAAGGUAAAAUAGAUUAUAUGUUAUCUCGCCGUUGGCCUCUGGGUGUAUGUUUUUAAUGUUAUUGAAAGAAAAGAAAAAAAAUUAUUAAAGUCACCUCUGAGAUCUGUUCCUAUCUGUUUGAGAUUUUUUUUUACAUACCCACACAAGUGUAACGAAUUUAUCGGCAUAGGUGAAAUACGGCGAUGGCAAUGUGUGUGUCAUUGGAAAACGCCUUUUCUAUAAAUAAUAAAAGACUAAUCCUCAAAAUGAGGUGUUACGAAAGUAAAACACAAACAAUUAUUUUUUUCUAGCUCGUUAGAAAACAUGUUUAACAUGAUUGCAUUAGUUCUAAAAAGAGAAAAAGGAACUCUAGAGAAGACUUUUGUCUAUUAGAAGAAAAUUCCAAUGACAUAUUUCAUUGCUAAAUGUUAGCUGAUCUGCCCUAUCACCUGUUUGUAGGAGUUUUCGACAUGUUAUUUCGUAUUUUAUCUAUUUUGAUGAGCCUCUCUCAGUACAGUCACUUUUCAAUUAUUGAAAUACUUCAGUGUCAAAACAAAAUGGACUUGAUAGUAAUAAAAUUUGAAUUUGAGCAGCAAGAAAUAUUUCUAAGAUUAAAAAUGAAGUACAGAAUGUACGACUUUAUUUCUAGGACAAUAAAGUCCAUAUUUGAUGUUACAGUGUUUUGAUACUCGAAAUUGACUCAUUAAUGUGAGAGAGCUAAUGCUUACUAAUUAUGUGUUUCAAUAAUAUUUUACAUUUAAUAUAAUUGGUGUGUGAUUGAUAUUUUGUAAUAAUUUCUAUUAUGAUAUGACUAGUUGAAGCGUAGCUGCUUUAAAGAUCGCUCUUUAAAAAAAAACUAUUAUGUUUGUAAAGAACAGGGUUGGCACCAAAAAAUGUUUUUAAAUGGCGUCAUUAUAUUUUAUAAUGACCAAAUAUGAGACAAAUAUAGAUUCAUAAAAUAUAGUGUAAAUAAAACCGGCCAAGUGUGAGUGAGCAAGUGUAUUGGAGCCUCCUUAGAUGUUUAAUUUUAUUCUGUUUUUAACCAACUUCAAAAAAGAGAAGGUUCUCAAUUUGAACUGUGUUUUUUUAUGCAUCUACAUCAAUUACUCGAAGACAACUAAACCAAUUUGAAAAAUUAUUACUAUUUUUCAUAAUCAGCAAAAUCAUCUUUGAAAAUUUCCUUUUUCACUAUCACAUUUCAUGAUAUUGUAUUAGUAAUCCUGUUUUAUCCUUUGGGUACAGAACCCUAAAAAGUCACUAAACAGAACUGCUUCAUUAUAAAAUGAGCUGAUCUUGUGUGCCUGCAGAUUAUAAAUUAAUAUACAUAAUAUUUGGUUUUUAUCUAAAAUAAUAAAACACAUUUAAACAUUGGUUUAAAAUUUUAUUGAUUUAAAUUGCCAACCCUGUGAUAGUGAACAAUAUGAUCUCACACUAAAAUAUUGUUAUUUGGGUGUUAAAUUAAAUUAAUAAUUAAAAACCACAUUUUUCAUUUGUAUGUAUGUGUAAGUACUAAAUUAAAUAGAAUUAAUAAAUAAAGGCAAUAUAUAUCAUGGCCUUCUUGAAAUAAAAUAUUUUGCUAGUAACAAAUUAUUCGUAAUAAUAUUAUAACAAUAAAUAAUAAAAAUUGAUAAACAUUUUGUGUUUGCUACUAAAUAGCGCUUUUAUACUUAAGUGUUAAAAAAUGAUCUAAAACGCAAUUUGGUUUUGAGUCCAAUUGUAAAAAAAUAUUAUAUAGUCUUAUAAUUAUAGUCAAUUUAAUAAAAAUACUAUGUAUUAUAAUGAAGAAUUCAUACAAUCAAGUAGGGUGACCUUUGCUUUUCAUUGUAACUUUGAUGGUCGACAGAAAAUUGGAUAUUUAUAUUCGCUUUUCUGGUUUAUGUUAAUGAAAAGAGGUUUUUUUUAUUCUAAAAUAAUAGAUUAGUUGACAUUUUUUUUUAAUGGGUUUAAACAGUUCGUUAUCGUUCUACUAGACUAAAAAAAAUUUUCAUAAUUUUUUGAAAAAUGAUUUCAUAAAAAUAUUAGUUUUUUUAAAUAUUUUUUGACAAUACGAGUCAAAACGCCUGUCGGUCAAUAUUAAUAUUAAUCCCAUACAAAUGGAGCGUUUGUCAAAAAUGUUAGUUAACAAUUUGUUCGAUGUCUAAUACAUCGAGUGUGUUAGUGACGUCACAAAAUGGACGAUAGCGUUUUUGACGUUUGGAAAAUUAAAAAAGUACGUGAUAUUCAAAUUAGUUUUUAAAAGAAAUCCUUAACUUUUAUUAAUUGAUAUCGAUAUAUUUCGGACCAUUAUUCGAUGUACUACACAAAAUUAAUAUUGUUUAUAUAUUAAAUGUGUCAACUACCCUAUUAUUUGUGUAGCCAUGAGCAAUAUAUAGUCAAUUUUUUGCUAGUGUUUAUUUGUAAUUUGUCAGAAUUACAUUGAAAAACAAGUUUACCCAACUUGACUGUAUAGGUUAGUUUUGUAACUUUCUGGUACAGAAUUAUAUAAUAUUAACAUUCUAAGCUUUUUUUUUAUAUGUAUAACUUGGUUGUUAUUCGUUUAAUUUGGAUUUUGGGUAGCUCAUAGCAUAGUUAGUGAUGUAGGCAAUAUUUAUGAAUCAUUAAUUAGUUGAGAGAUAUCAAAUCAUCCCCAUCCAUUUAUCAAUCACCCUAUAAAAUCUGAGCCAAAUAUACAUUUUUAUGGCAAAAUGUGUCAACAUAGUUUUAUUCUUGUUUUACUAUAGUAUAUUUAACACGGUUACAGAGAAAAUCGAAAUAUUAGUCGAAUUAAGAAGAGAAAAUCAUAUCUUAACUUCGUGCGUUCUAAUGGCUCUAUAAACUGUAGCACUAUUUAAAUUACUAGACCUCAGACCAAAUCACCUUUGAAUGGACUUGUAUCUGACUCAAAUUCACAAACAAAAUUGUCUGUCGUUUUUUGAGAGAGUCCAUGUAAACUCACACGUCGAAAAUAUUUAACACCAAUAAAUAUAUCCUGUGUACUUACACUACAAAUAAAUAUAAAUUUAAAUCGAAAUACCCACACAUGUAAUUUUAACAUAAUGAAAAAUUGAUUCUAUAGACUCAGUUUGUAUAAACACGUUAGAUCGUGAUCAUGUACUUUUGACAGAGUGGUAACGUCUAUCGAGGCAUGUCCUAUGGUAAUUGGUCUGAGGGAUAAAACUUCAAUUUAUAACUUGUUUGGUUAAAUUCCAAACAAGUCAAACUUUAGUUUGCUCAAGAUAUAAUAUGAUUACGUUGAUGAUCAUGUUGGUCUAUGUGGGCCACAAUUGGAACCUUUGCAAUCGAGAAUAUUUUCAAAAUUAUUGAUACAUAUUAUACUGUACUGAAACGGUGAUAUAUGUAACACUAACUAAAUUUUCCUAUAGUGAUGUGGUACUUACGUAAAUUCACAGGAUUCAAAUCGCAAAAUCAGUAAUCGCUCGAUAACUUCUAUAGCAACGUUAUUUAUCUCAAUUUCUUGUUUUGUUUUACUAACCGUUGGUAAGAAACUUAAGAUAAAAAAAAUUGCAAAUAGAUCGGCUAUAAUUAGUUAACCGCCCUUAAAAGUAUUCGAUAUCUCUGUUACUAUCUGUUUUAAUGAACUAAUUUUUGUACAUAAAUUAAUUUUUGUUAGUUUUAAAGAAGAAUUUAAGUAUUCAAAAAAUGAAAUUUGUUAUUACUCCAGAAUAAAAUGUAUACAUGUGUAUUUUUGGCUCGGCAGUUUUAUUAAUAUACCCCCAGUGAAAAACGUGAAGAAUUAAUUUGAAGUUUUUUUAAAAAACAAUUAUUUGACAGAUACGAAUUUAAGUGCAAGAUAGUCGUUUGGACAUUUUAAUUUAUUGUUAAUGCACAAAAUGAUGUUAAUUUUAAUUAAUAUUGUUUAUUUCAAUAGUAAUGGUAUUUUCAUGACAGCUGACAUGUUUAGUAUAAGAUUCAGUAAGUCCGUUUUUUAUUGCAAUUGUUAAAAUAUAAGUCAAAAUAUUUUUUUUUGGUUGGUUUAGCUUUUCCAGUUAUGCAUGGUUUACAUUGACUUAUACGCGUUUUAAGCAUUUAUUUUUUCGCUUGGGAAGAGAUCUGAUUGUAACAGUCUCUUAAAAAUUUUGGCUCAAUUUCGGUUCAACUUAUUUUUUUGAAUUGAAAUUUUACAAGAUCAAUCAAAAUUUAAAGGAUUUUUAAUAUUCUGUAUGUAUUUUUGUUGUGCCAAUUUUGGCACAGAUUAUCUCGUCAGUCGGCAUAAUGUGGUCAUCUACAAAGUCCGAUAUAGCAGUUAUUUGAAUUUUAUAAUUUUAAAUUACCAAUAACAUAACAGCAAAUUGACUGAAAUGAUGAGGUACGCCUUAGAAGUUCAAUACAGUCAUUGGUAGACAAUCGAACAUAAAAAAGCAAUAUUUUAAUGGCCACUAUUUUUAAAACAUUAGUGAAGCGUUUUGGUCAUGUAUUAUUAACAAAAAUCUAAGCAAAAAAGAAGUACAAUAAAUAUUUAAAUCGAGUAUAAAAUAAUGUAAACUAAACGCGGCCAAAAGAUUUAUUAAGAGAUAAGGUUUAUUACAGCAAGUUGGUUUUUGAAGGCCUCAUAAUUCAUAGACCCGGCAAAUACCCACUAUGUAUUUCGUUUCUGCUUAAUGGUAGGCGUCCAAAGACCUGUAUUGGAAGCAUCACAUCAAACGGAUUUUUAAUUUUACGGUAGAUAAAAUUCGAUGCGAAUCUGUGGGCGCUUGUCUUUACUAAAAAAAUUCACUCGAAAAUAAAUCAACUGCUUAUUACAAAGUUAAUUACUGUACUUCUAUUGUAUAAUGGAAGUAUCCUUAUGGAAUAGUAAUUUUUACUAAUAUACUGCAAUUUAUAUAGUUAAAGCUUCUUAUUUGCGGUGGAAUACAUUCAUUAUGUAGGUAUUUUGUGGCAAGCGAAAAAAAAGUUUUACUUUAAGUCUAUUCGGCUAUGCUCGUUAGUAAAGUCAACUCGGGACUUGCUAAAAAAGAUGCCAAAUUAUUAUACAGGGUGCUCGGGAGAAUUUCCCAUAACUCAAGGGUUAUAUUCUCUAAGGAAAAAUAAUGUUUAAGGAAUAUGUGUUCUAAAAUGAAUACUUUCAAAGUAAAAAAUAUCUAUUUUGUAAAUAGAUUUUAAAUUGUGUCCCUCAUAAUCGCGUCCACAUACGUAUAUAUAUACCAUAGCCAAACUUAUUCAUCGAUAAAUGUCAUGAAGUACUAGUAAAGUGCGGAGUGUCAGUUGAAAUAUGUCGUCGAUAUCGACAGUUACCACUACGAUUACGUAUUUUAAAAUGUAAGAAGAGAUAAAGGCGUGUGUCACAUGGAUUUGUAUAAAAACAUAAAAAGUUAUGUUUUUAGUUAAUAAAAAUUAUAUACAAGUAUGCAGUUCGACUCCUAUAAGUGGAUUUGUGAACACCUUGAAGUUAUGGGAAAUACUCCAGUGCACCCUGUAUAACAAAACAAGUCAAAUCUGUAAUUACGGUAUAAUCGCGUGCAAAGGAAGCUUUAACUGUAUUAAAAUAUUUUACAUAUUAGUAAUUUUGCUUUGGCGCAAAAUUGACUAAGAUAAAAAGCAAUUUAAAGAUUUGUAAAUAAAAAUAAGCAGUUGACUUGUGUAAAUGACUUAAUAGACCGGCAUUUUAGUAGUAAUUUUUAGAGGCGUUAUUGAAUAUUAAGAGAGCGAAAAUUUUACAUAAAAAUGACGUAAUUUCUUUCUGAAAAAACACAAGGUACCUAUGUACGUUAUUAAUUUACAGGUCCGUAUGAAACAAAUCCUUGUAUUCUUAGUUGAGCUUUUAAAAAGACUGAACGCAAGGCCCCCAAUAUUUAUAUAUACUAUCAGAUUAAAAAAAGCAAAAUAUUCUAACUAUAAAUAUAUAGUCUUUUAGUUCUGUAAGUAUGUUAUGUUGAUACAUAUUUAUUGAUAGAAUGCGGUAUUUUAUGAUCCUAACUUAUGAUCUUAUGGCUGGCUGAUAUUUAUUGUAGAUGAACUGUUGAUGCCUAUUUUCAUCAAACUAUAAGUACUUUUAAUUGCAUACUAAAAGUCCCCGUUGGCAUUUAAAUCACUACGUGGGUACUGUUCAAUUAGUUGGUUCAUUUAUGGCACAAAUGUAAGCAAAAUAAAUGACGGUCCUCUCCCGCGUAUAGGAGAGUCGGGGUAUGACGUCAGAGCCAUUCUUUAUUCAUUAUUAGUCCAGUGAUAAACUGUCAAGUAUACCGUGAAGUCAAAAGACCGCUUAGGGAUGUGGACAGGAGAAAAAUAUCGAUACCAUACCCAUAAUAAUACGAUAUUCUUUUUUCACUGUCCACAUUCCUAACAGCGCUGCAGAUUUGACAGUGUGUGGCUGAAAUUAGCUAUUUCACAGGCAAUCGUUUAGUUUACGCACCUCUUGUCAUGUCAAACGUUGCCUGCCCUGCGUGGGAGAGUACUCAUUUGUGCGAUUUACAUAUAAACAAAUUUACAGAGAACUCUAGAUUAUUUGAUGUAUUUGUAUAUAACGACUACCAAACUGGUUUAUUUUACCUUGACAAUUAUAUUUCAAUAAGUUUAACAACUGUUAAAAUAUUCCUUCCUAUUUGCAGCUAAAGAUUCUGUUUGUCGCCGAUAGGUCGAACCUUAUUGGUCGCUUGCGUAACUGUACUAGCCAAUAGGGUGACGUUGUCAAGUUCAAUAAGUCAAAGCGAAGCUUAACUGGGUCCGCUAGUACUAUGUAUACAUUCUACAAUACAAAAACACUGGAAAUGUAAAAUUUUAGUUUUUAUAAAACUUGUAUUAAAAUUCUACUGAAUUUAAUAUUUUGAAAAUAGGCAUGUCUUUUCCUCAAUUUAUAAUUUUACAAAGUAAAGUUAUAAAUAAGGUUUUAAUUUUCAUAGCCACAUUGUUUCCAUUUCAUUGUAGAUAUAGUUAAUCGUUAUUAAUGUAUAGUUUGUCUUAACAAUUAGUAAAUGUUCCUGAUACAUAUAGCUAAUUAUUAUUAUUUUUAAUUAAUAUUAUCCGAUCAAAAUAGUUGUGAGUGAAAAUGAGGUAUCUAUAAUUAUUUUAAGAUGUCUGCUUUCUGUGUAAAUCGUAAAGCUCAUGUGCCAAUAAAGAUACGAGGUCAAAAACAUUUUGUACGAGUAUACGUAAUCGAUGAAUAUGGUCCUUCGAGCCGGAUAAGUUUCGUGUUUUUAAAUGAUUUUCUAGUUUCAAUAGGACACCAUAAUGCAUAUAGUAUCAUUGGAUAAUAUUAUAUGUAUUAUUUUUAUUAAAAUCGUUUUAUAAGUUUAGAUAAGUUGUAAAACCUUAAUUUUAGAGGAUUUACUUCUGUCUCAUCAUCUUUGUUUGACUUUGUAAUGAUCACUAUCAGGGGCUUAUUUACCACAAGCUCUCAAAUCCGUAGCGAUUCUACAAUGGUACUAUAGGACCCUAGUGGCUAUAGUACCCUGAGGCCUAAUAAGUUUAUCACAGGAUUGUUUCGAUAACGAUGUUGGACGUUAUCGACCAAUUCAUUCACUCAAUCCGUACUAGUUACUGAGAUUACGCACUUAAACGAGAUGGACAGAUAUAUUAUGGAAUCGCUAGGGAUUUAAGAGCUUGUGGUUAUGCCCACACCUUAAUUUUUAUCAACGCUUGUCAGCCCAUGCUUUUUUCAUUUAUGAUUGAUUGUCUAUACAUUGAUCUGUACAUAAUUAACUACAAGGUGUUUUAAGUUUUAAAUGAUUUUUAUGUAAAUUUCAAUUUUUUUAUCUGCAACAUGAGCUAUUCACGAUUUAUACCUACAUAUUUUAUGGACUACAUUUUUACAUUAAUUCUCUUGUACUUUAUUUAAUACUAGCGGACGCCCGCGACUUCGUCCGCGUGAAAGUCGUUGUAAACUUUCAAGUACCCCUAUCCUACCCUACCCAAACCUACCUCUACCCUACCCCUACCCUACCCUAUCCCAACCCUACCCCCUACCCCCACCCUACCCUACCCCUGCCCUACCCCUACCCUACACUACCCAUAUCCUACCCCUACCCUACCCUACCCUACCCCUACCCUACUCAUUAAGGCUGCACUUCUUUAUUUAUUCCUCCCACCGUGAGUCGCGUCGAGCGCGGCAACCGUUACACAAAAAUAAUCCUUAAAGUCCUUAAAGCAUGAAUUAGUAUUCACGCGCAAUGGCUUAGCGUAUUUCAUGUAUAACUUUGGUGUUUCUUUACCGAUUUGUAUGAUUCUUUUUUUAUUAAAUAGGUAAUAAUGUUAUUUUUUUUAAUUAGGGAUGAGUGAUGAGUGUUAUAAACAUAAGAGUCGAGAAAUAUAAUUAGAAAGCUCCGAACUGCUAAGCUAUCGGGAGUUACACGUGUUAUUGUGAGUCAACCAUAAAAGAUAGAUAUAUAUGUGUUAUUGUGUUUUAUAGAUAAUUUUAAGGAGAAUAUUUCCGUCAUACAUGAUUUCUAUGUAGCUUUAAUCAUUAUGGCUGUACACGCGACGGAAGCUUAAAAAAUUGAGUAACUUCUCCCGUUUUCUCAACAUUUCUCUUCACUGCUCUGCUCCUAUUGAUUGUAGCGUAAUGAAAAGUAUACUAUAACCUGCCCAGGAGUAUGUUGAAUAAUUGUACCAAGUUUCAUUAAAAUCCGUCCAGUAGUUUUUGUUUCUAUAAAGAACAUACAGACAGACAGACAGACAGACAGACAGACAGACAAAAAUUUUACUAAUUGCAUUUUUGGCAUCAGUAUCGAUCACUAAUCACCCCCUGAUAGUUAUUUUGGAAAUAUAUUUCAUGUACAGAAUUGACCUCUCUACAGAUUUAUUAUAAGUAUAGAUUUACAAUCAAGACGCAUUGCGACAGUAAAUUUUUGGUGUGAGAGUCUGUAUUGGCCACACUUUUGCCAUUUUGUAAAAGAUACAAAUUCGUUAGCUCAUGCUUCUACUACAGGUAAUUAGGUAGGCAUUUAUGGAGUUUUUUGGCUUUGAGAGGUAGUAGAAUUCAAGGGUCCAGAUCCUCAAUUGUUUAAACAUAAUACGUGGAUUUUAUUAUAUUUUUCACGAGAAAUCGUGUCUUCUAGUGUCGUGUCAACUAGAAAACCUUAAAGUACAUUAAGUCUCUGGCGGGAUUUUUAAAGGGUUGCCAUGAAGGUAAGUGACUGGCGACUGGGGCAAUUGUUUCUCAUAUAUUAUUAUGGCGAGGAAAAUAUAAAAAAAUACGUUGAGGGUCUGGACAUUAUAAUCUGCCACGUCCCAAAGCCACAACGAUCCAAAUUCCAUAGUUGCUUUCCUAUCUUACCUACGACAGGAGUAUGGGCUGACAAUGCUUUUAUGAAAUCAACAAAGUCUUGAUACCACAGACUCUUCAACUACUAAUUGAUAUGUUUUAUAUUUGUUAAAUACGAACUCUGGCUUUACGGCCUUAUUAACCGACUUCAAAAAAAGAGGAGGUUAUCAAUUGAUAACCUGCUCUUUUUUUGAAGUCGUCGAAAUAUAUUAACAAGGAUUAAGUUUUAAACCUCAAUUUUCUUCAACGUAAAGUGGACAUAAAAAUUACUUGUAUAAGGCUCACUUUAAUUUGAAGAAAAUUGCGGUUUCAAUCUUAAUAUUUAUAAAUAUGGCUGAAGUUUAAUUAUUAUCUACCUGGUAUUUUAACUCGCGAUACCUUACGGUAUACAUAAUUGACGGUAAAAAAAAUAAUAUUUUAAAUUCCUUAAGUGGUUUACCGUUUGAAUCUCGUUUAACAGUGCCUUAUAAAUUUAAAUAUAUAAAGUUAUUCAAACUUAAUUUACUAAAUUAAUUAAAUACUACGUUAAAUAUAUUUUUCAACAUUAUUGCAAUAAAGAUUUUGACCUUUUUAAAAAUGCUGCCAUGUUUGAAAUUUUAUUGGUUUUGUCAUUGAUUUUAUUUUGACCAAACUGUCGCCAUGUGACUUGACAUAGUUUAACUGUUAAUAGAACAACAUAAGGUUCGAAUAUUUGAUAAUACACAUGACAACUGUACUAGCGUCCUAAUUAAUAUAUAUCAAGUUAAUUUGAGUAAGACAGUCUUUUUAUAAAAUUAUAAAUAUACUGUGUGCGAUAUAAAGGAUUGGUAAUAUUAGGGCAGAAUGCGACUCUAGAAUUUGCAAAAAAAUAUUAAAUUACUCUUUUUUUUUUUGUACAUUAUUUGUAUAAUCCAAUAUCCAAGCGCAUUACCAGCAAUUACACUAUUUUUCGCGUCUGCCCUAAUUACUGCAAGUCUGCUGCACUCUAUAUAUUUCUAGUCUAAAUUAAAUUCAAAAUAUAUUAUGCAAUGAAAAAUAUCGACGAAAAGACUAUGAAAUCUAAAAUUAUACGAAAUAGCUGUAAAUUAUAUGUGCAAUAGCAAAUAAUUAUUAUCAUUAACUAUUAUUACUUUUUUUUUUAAUGAGAGGUUCUCUAUUUAAGUUACGUUUAAUUUUAGUUUUUAAGAUCCAAGGCUGUAUUAAAAAAUGGAGUGUUUCCCAAUGUUUGUAAUCGAGUAUUUUAUUCAGUACAGAACUGUAACUUGGAACUAAAAAGGUCCUACAUCAUUAUUUUACUCGUGUUUUAGUGAACUGCAUAGUUUCAAUAAUAUACUCAGAGGCACAAUUAUCCGCCCACUUUAAUUUGCACGAGUAUAUUAUAGUGGGGGCGGAUAAGUGUGCCUCUGUGUAUAUGUACUUUACUAUUAAAAUGGGUGCGUUAGACGAAUAUUAUAAUUUAUUUUUUGAAUAUGAAAUUGAUAUCAUUCAUUUUACAUGAAGCAAAAUGGAGUUAUCUCUAGCAGGUAUAUAAUAAGUUUAUGACUUAUUAUCAAAAACGCAUCAAACAAAACAUGAUUUGUAAAUUGUUUUAACAAUUUCAUUUGGUCAUUUAAAUGAUAUGAAUAUUUCUAUUGUGUGUCAUCCGGUAUUUAUUUUGUUUAUAUUUUUUAUAUUAUGAAUUUUGUAAAAAUCAAUACCUACGAGUUACAGUUCUUAUAAUGGAUUAUGGUUUUCUUUUUACCUAUAAUUUUGAACGUGUAAAUAGUUACUACUGAUUGUGACGGACUAAGCGACAAGAUCAAAGAGAAUAUUAAUAUUUAAUGUCUGGUUCAAUCAGAUUCCUACGUUGUUGAAGUGGAUAUAUGUGUGUGUGACUAAUUAUUAUAAAAUAACCCUUUAUUUUGGUUACAAAUUGGUGUUAUGAAAAUUUUGUGAAUAAAACAUGGUGUCAUUCUGAA